GGAGGAGGAGGAGGAGGAAGAACUGCGUGACGGCUGCACUCACUCUCCAUCUCACAUGCGAGCUCAGGUCUGCAGCAGCUUAGACGCCCGGGCUGGUUUAUUGCUCCGAUCAGUCAAGUCAGGUCAGUCCGCAUGAUGGCGGAGCCCAGCACACAGUCCCGUGUCUACUUUCAGUCCCCAAGCAAGGAAAACGAGGCUCAGUCACAGCGGAAACUGGGCAAGUUCACGGUCCGGUACGACAGGAAAGACCUGCAGAGGAGACUGGACAUCGAGGAGUGGCUGGAUUUUCAGCUUCAUCAGUUGUAUGGCUGUGAGGAGGAAGAAAUCCCGGAUCUGGAGAUCGACAUCGAUGAACUGUUAGAAAUCUCGGAUGAAGACCAACGUUCAAAACUCCAGGAGAUGCUGCACGAAUGUUGUAAACCCACAGAUGAUUUUAUUAACGAGCUGCUACUUAGAAUAAAGGGUCUUCGGAAAAUGACAGUCUCUCAGAAGAAGUGAGACAGAGUGCCACCAUCAAUGGAACAGAGUCACUGGGACUAAGUUGAGUGUGUGGUUAGACCUGCCUUGUCUGACUUAUUUAUGAAAUAAUACCCUUACUUUGGUCUAAAAGGGAUCAAUUUGGGACCGAAAUAUGUGAAGCAUGUCAGACCAUCACUCAAAAUCACGGAUUUAUAAAAAGAAAAUAGAGAAUGAGCAGGAUAUGUUUGUGGCUAUUUAUGGAUUUUUUUUGUUAAAACUGUUAAUAAAAGAUGAUGUGUAGGUGUAA